AUGGAAGACGAUGCGAGACCGAUUAUUGAUGCUCAACGAAGACUUAAUCCGAAAAUGAAAGAAGUAGUGAGGAAAGAGAUUUUGAAAUGGUUAGAUGCUGGAGCGCUUUACCCUAUUUCUGAUAGUGCUUGGGUAAGUCCAGUACAAGUAGUACCUAAAAAAGGUGGUAUGACUAUGGUGAAGAAUGAAAGUAAUGAACUGAUUCCAACUAGGACGGUGAUGGGUUGGAGGAUAUGUAUCGAUUAUCGAAAGUUGAAUAAGGGGAUUGAGAUUUUUAUGGAUGAUUUUUCGGUUUAUGGGCCCUCUUUUGACACGUGUUUGACUAAUUUGGAGCUGGUUUUGAGGAAGUGUGAAGAGUCACAUUUGGUGCUUAAUUGGGAAAAGUGCCACUUUAUGGUAAAUGAAGGAAUUGUAUUAGGGCACAAGAUUUCUAAGAAAGGCAUUGAAGUGGAUAGGGCUAAGAUUUCUACGAUAGAUAAUUUGCCACCUCCGGUUUCAGUAAAAGGAGUAAGGAGUUUCUUAGGCCAUGUAGGAUUUUAUAGGAGGAUACUUAAGGAAAAAUUGAUUUCAACACCUAUUGUUGUUGCACCUCAAUGGGAUUUUCCAUUUGAAUUGAUGUGUGAUGCCAGUGAUUUUGCAGUUGGGGCAGUGUUGGGACAAAGAGUUGACAAGGUGGUUGUUUACACAGAUCAUUCUACGAUAAAGUAUCUUAUGACCAAGAAAGAUUCCAAGCCUCUUCUUAUUCGGUGGAUUUUGUUGUUACAAGAAUUUGAUGUGGAAAUUAAAGAUAAGAAAUGUACUGAGAAUUUGGUGGCUGAUCACUUGUCUAGAUUGGAGGUUGAUGAAGAUUCUCUUGACAAAGAAAUUCAGAUCAAUGAUGCUUUUCCUGAUGAGCAGUUGUUUGAAUUGAGUGUUUGUAAAGAUGUUCCAUGGUUUGCAGACUAUGUUAAUUAUUUGGCUGCAAAGGUUAUACCUCCUGAGAUGACAAGGCAACAAUUUAAGAAAUUCUAUUUGGAGGUAAAGCACUAUUACUGGGAUGAGCCUAUUCAGUAUAAACAUUGCCCUAAUCAAGUUAUCAGAAGAUGUGUGUCCGAAGAGGAGAUGUCAAUCUUGACUCACUGUCAUACUUUGCAUUGCGGCGGUCAUUUCGGAGGAACAAGAACAGCAGCAAAAAUUUUGCAGAGUGGGUUUUACUGGCCUACAUUAUUUAAAGAUGCUAAUUGGUUCACUGCUCUUUGUGCUCGCUAUGGUGUUCAUCAUCGAAAGGCGUUAUUUUAUCAUCCAAUGGAAAAUGGCCAAGCUGAAGUGUCAAACAGGGAAAUAAAAGGAAUUUUAGAAAAGACAGUAAAUACAUCAAGGAAGGAUUGGUUGAAGAAGCUCGAUGAUUCAUUCUGGGCUUAUCGCACUGCAUUCAAAACUUCGAUUAGGAUGUCACCAUAUCGAUUGGUGUUCGGUAAGGCAUGCCAUUUACUGGUGGAACUGGAGCAUAGAGCUUAUUGGGCUGUGAAAAAGUUAAAUCUUGAUCUCUUUAUGGCGGGGCAAAAUAGACUUAUGGAGUUAAAUGAGCUUGAAGAAUUCCGAAAUGAAGCUUAUGAGAAUGCGAGGAUCUAUAAAGAGAAGUCUAAAGCUUUUCAUGAUAAGCGAAUACUGAGGAAGGAUUUUCAACCAAGAGAUAAAGUGUUUCUAUUUAAUUCCAGACAUAAGCUUUUUCCUGGUAAAUUUAAGUCGAGAUGGUCAGAACCAUACACAGUAAUUACGUCACUUCCUUAUUGCGCAGUGCAAGUUCAUAGUGAGAAUACGUGA